CGUCGCUCGCCUUUUCGAUCGGUAUCUUCCAGCUACUUGGAUCAGCAUCUUUCAAUAGAAGACGAUGAUGUGGCUGCUAAUAUUGUCCUCGAUGUUGUUGUUUGACGGGAUCCAUGUAAUUGAAGCUUAUUGUGUGGCGAAAUGUUCAGAUGUAUGCACAGAAAACAUCAUACUGGAGAAACGCUGUUCAGCUAAAUGUACUGGACUAAGUAAUUGUGGGGCAAUGUGUGUAUCGAACAACUGUGUAGUAGAGUGCGCUGGACCGAAAUGCAAAGCUUCGUGCUCAGGAAACAACUGUAAGGCUAUGUGCUCCGGAGAUGAUUGCGUAGCGGAUUGUAAUGGAAAUCGGUGUACCUCCGUCUGCUAUACUUACCCUUGCGAAGCCAAGUGCGCAGGAGACAAGUGUAAGACUACGGCCGAUGUGAAAUUAAAGUACGGUUCGUCAGGUGGAAAGGUUUACGCGAAGUGCGAAGGAAGCAACUGUAAGGCAAUGGCCAAUGGGAAAUCAUUGGACACGUCAGAUGGAAAGGCUAACGUCAAGUGUACUGGCCAAAACUGCAGAGCAGGGUGCACCGGGCUAAAAUGCGAAGUAUUGUGUUACGGGAGAGACUGUAAUUCUGUGUGCAAUGCCGAAGAAAAAACUGAAUGCGUGCGUGUGGUAACCAACAACACUGUCAAUACUAGGAGUAUUAUAUUUAACAACGAUGAAAUACAUAUUCAUGUGUAA